CAUUUCCCUCCUUCAUUCACCAUGUCCAACCUUCCCGUUGAGCCCGAGUUCGAGCAGGCCUACAAGGAGCUUGCCUCGACCCUCGAGAACUCCACUCUUUUCCAGAAGAACCCCGAAUACCGCAAGGCUCUGGCUGUCGUCUCCGUCCCCGAGCGCGUCAUCCAGUUCCGUGUCGUCUGGGAGGAUGACCAGGGCCAGGUCCAGGUCAACCGCGGUUUCCGUGUCCAGUUCAACUCCGCCCUCGGCCCCUACAAGGGUGGUCUCCGCUUCCACCCCACUGUCAACCUCUCCAUCCUCAAGUUCUUGGGUUUCGAGCAGAUCUUCAAGAAUGCCUUGACUGGUCUGAGCAUGGGUGGUGGUAAGGGUGGUUCCGACUUCGACCCCAAGGGCAAGUCCGACAACGAGAUCCGCCGCUUCUGCGUUUCUUUCAUGACUGAGCUCGCCAAGCACAUCGGUGCCGACACUGAUGUCCCCGCUGGUGAUAUCGGUGUCACUGGUCGUGAGAUUGGUUUCCUCUUCGGCCAGUACCGCAAGAUCCGCAACCAGUGGGAGGGUGUCCUCACUGGUAAGGGCCUCACCUGGGGUGGUUCCUUGAUCCGCCCCGAGGCCACCGGUUACGGUGUUGUCUACUACGUUGAGCACAUGAUUCAGCACGCUACCAACGGCGCUGAGUCCUUCUCCGGCAAGCGCGUCGCCAUCUCUGGUUCCGGUAACGUCGCCCAGUACGCCGCCCUCAAGGUCAUUGAGCUUGGUGGUUCCGUUGUUUCCCUGAGCGACAGCCAGGGCUCCCUCAUCGUUGUCAACGACUCCAGCUUCACCCCCGAGGAGAUCGCCUUGAUUGCCGACCUCAAGGUCGCCCGCAAGCAGCUCGCCUCUGUCGUUUCCGAGGGUGUCUUCGCCGACUCCGCCAAGUUCAAGUACAUCGCUGGUGCUCGUCCCUGGAAGCACGUUGGCAAGGUCGACGUUGCCCUUCCCUCUGCUACCCAGAACGAGGUUUCCGGCGAGGAGGCGCAGGCGCUGAUCGAUGCCGGUGCCAAGUUCAUCGCGGAGGGUUCCAACAUGGGCUGCACCCAGGAGGCUAUUGACACCUUCGAGGCCCACCGCCAGGCUAACGCCGGCAAGGCUGCCAUCUGGUACGCCCCCGGUAAGGCCGCCAACGCCGGUGGUGUCGCCGUCUCCGGUCUCGAGAUGGCCCAGAACUCUGCCCGCCUCAGCUGGACCUCUGAGGAGGUUGAUGCCCGUCUCAAGGACAUCAUGCGCUCCUGCUUUAAGAACGGUCUCGAGACCGCUAUCGAGUACGCCACCCCUGCCGAGGGUGUCCUGCCUUCCCUGGUCACCGGUUCCAACAUCGCUGGUUUCACCAAGGUUGCUGCUGCCAUGAAGGACCAGGGUGACUGGUGGUAAAUGCUUCGCAUCGUCGAUGAGAUGGUGCUAUGAUGAUGACUUUUCUUCUUCUCCCGUUUUGUU